AUGUCGUUUCUCUACCGCAGCACACCCCUCCUCCGCACCUCCGCCACCACCCUGACCUCACAAUCAACUCGCUGCUUCUCGACAUCCCUCGCUCAACGUAAUGUCGUGAAAGACGCAGCCAAGAAGGUCGACCGCACCGUAUCAGACCAGCUCGUCAAGGGCAUUGACAAGGGCAUUGAAGCCAAGGAUGCCGUUGCCGAGGUCGCCGGUGUCGACACCCAGAAGGCCAAGGCCAAGGCUGAGGAGCUCAAGGGCGACGCAAAGGCAAAGGGCGAGCAAAUGAAGGGCCAGGCCAACGCCGCCAAAGAGGAGGCCAAGGCUAAGAUCUGA